AUGGCGACGUCUAAUUCCAAAGAUACAGCCAUGCUGAGCUCUUCCAGCAUUAGAAAUGAAGAAGUGACUCCCUUCAGACCUGAUCAAGCAACGUUUGCAAUCGAAGACGACGAAGAAUACGAUGACGAUAAUCACUCCGCUACGUCUAUGACUAGAUCAGACUCCAGUUUCUCAUUGAGACGCUCUGACUCGCUGCUGUCGGUAUCAUUCAUCGACCUUUCGAAGCUCUUGUUGGUGCCGGACUUCGACUUUGGUUCGAGUAUGGACCAGGUCAAUGCAUCUACCAAGAGGAAGUUGAAUGACAUGAAGAACAUAACCAAGGAAACGUUCCGCAAGUUCAAGGAAGAUAAGCUGCCGCUGCUAAAAACAAAGAGAUUCUCGUCACAGGAUUUGGCACGUUUCCAGGAACUGUUGAAUCGCCGGUUAACUCGAUUUGAUAGACGAGUACAUGCCAGCCUCCAAAGUUCAGCAACAGAGAAAUUGUUCUACGCUGCUGCCGUAUUUUUGAUCGCUGCUGCCGGCUUUAUUAUUGGGAAAUACCCAACAUUCUUCCCGUUGUUCCAUACGGUGGUGUUUUGUGCGUUGAUGCCCGUGAGGUUCUACACCUACUUUAAGUUGGGCUACCAGUACUACUUGGCAGACUUGUGUUACUACGUCAACGUUCUCCUCAUGUUGUUCAUCUGGGUGUUCCCUUACUCCAAGUCGUUAUUUGUUUCGGUGUUCUCCUUGACACUCGGCACCUUGUCGUUCGCUGUGAUCACAUGGAGAAAUUCUUUGGUGCUCCACUCCAUUGAGAAGACCACCAGCUCGUUCAUCCAUGUCAUGCCUCCAGUCACCAUGUUUGUCCUUGUGCACGAGACACCAGCCGAAUUCCGUGCUACCCAUUAUCCAGCCAUCACACUGGUAGAGAACUGGAAUUUUGUCAAUGGCAUUUUCUGGACCUCUGUCUACUACACGAUCUGGCAGGUCAGCUACCACUACUUCAUCACAGUACGCCGCAAAGAACAGAUUGCGAAGGGAAGGGUCACAUCGUUCACAUACUUAAAGAAGAAAAAUAGCAAAAGCGCAUUGGGCAAAUUUGUGAACUCGCUCCCUUAUACAUGGAUGCAAGUCACUGCUUUUACCCUCAUCCAAUUUGGCUACCAGCUCUUAACCAUGAUCCCCUGCCCGAUCUGGUUCCGCUACAAGCAUGCUUGUGGGGCGUUUGUAACGUUCAUUUUUAUUUGGUCGGCGUACAAUGGUGCCACCUAUUACGUUGAGGUGUUUGGAAAGAGGUUUGAGAAAGAGGUCAAGCAACUUGAGCAGGAACUUGCGGAGUUGCAACAGAAGAUUGCUCGAAACGAUGCCGAACGAAGCACUCCACUGUUUUCUCCUGUGAGUGAAGCUACUGCUCCUCUAGAGAGUGUAGAGGAACUUAAGUUAAAAGACAGUGGGGAAAGUAUCUAA